AGCUCGGGGCAACUGCUGAACUGCAACCAACAUGAGUUUCUGUAUUUGGGCAUUAAGACUUCAUUAAGAUCAUCAGGCUUUUCUCCUUCAGCAUUUCUUCAACUCACACGUGUUCUCGGUGAAUCAGGAUGUCAGCAACCAGCUGUGUGCUGUCUGAAGAGCAGUUUCUAUGCUGCAUCUGUCUGGAUGUUUUUACUGAUCCUGUCACGAUACCAUGUGGACACAACUUCUGCAAAAACUGCAUUACACAACACUGGAAUGUUAACAGUGCUCGAUGCCAGUGUCCCAUGUGUAAAAAACAAUUUACAACACGACCUGAACUGCCUGUCAAUACUUUCAUUUCUGAGAUGGCUGCUGAGUUCAAGCAGUCGGUGAAACAGAAAGGAAGCGAUGUCUCAGAGAUGCAAGUUGCCAAACCAGGAGAAAUCCCCUGUGACGUCUGCACUGGAACCAAACUUAGGGCUGUGAAAUCAUGCCUGACCUGUUUCGCGUCCUACUGCGUUAUUCAUCUGGAUCCUCAUCAGACAUCUGAUCGCUUGAGAACACAUUUGCUGACAAAUCCUGUGGAGAACAUGGAAGGGAGGGUGUGUACGAAGCACAAAAAACCACUGGAGCUGUUCUGUAAGACUGACCAGACAUGUGUGUGCUCACAGUGCACCGUUACAGAACAUGUGUCACACAACAUUGCUUCUCUGAAAGAUGAAUAUGAAGAAAAGAAGGCUGAGCUGGAGCAGGCAGAGGCUAACAUCCAGCAGAUGAUCCAGCACAGACAGCUUAGGUGUCAGAGGAUUAAACUGUUGAAAAUACACAGUAAGAAAGACGCAGAGACAGAGAUUGCAAACGGUGUUCGGAUCUUCACCAUUCUGAUGCAGACUGCAGAGAGAGAUCUGAACGAGCUCAUUGAGAUGAUUGAAGAGAGGCAGAAGAGGACAGAGGACGAAGCAGACCGCUACAUCACAGAGCUGGAGCAAGAAAUCUCUGUACUGAUAAAGAGAAGUGCUGAGGUGCAGCAGCUCUCAUGCACUGAGGACCAUCUUCACCUCCUCCAAAACUUCACAAGCACAAGCACUGCCCUGCACACCAAGAACUGGACAACGGUCAGUGUCUGUCCACCGCUAUAUGAGGGGACAGUGGUGGAAGCUGUAGCUAAGCUGGAGGAGACACUUGGCAGAGAGAAGGAGCAGCUGCUUCGUGUAGCCAGACUGAGGAGGGUCCAACAUUAUGCUGUAGAUCUGAUUCUUGAACCUAACACAGCUAAUCCCUGGCUCAUCCUGUCUGAUGAUGGGAAGCAAGUUAGGUGUGGUGAGGUAAGGAGGGACCUGCCAGACAACGAAGAGAGAUUUUCUCUUUACAACAAUGUGUUGGCACAGCAGAGUUUCUCUUCUGGAAGAUUUUACUAUGAGGUUCAGGUUACAGGGAAGACAGACUGGACUCUAGGAGUAGCCAAAGAGUCAGUGAACAGGAAGGGAAUAAUCCCACUAAGCCCUGUGAAUGGCUACUGGGCUGUGGGUUUGAGGAAUGGAAGUGAGUAUCUAGCUCUGAGCAGUCCGGUUGUCAGUCUCAGUCUGAACUUGAGGCCACAGAGGGUGGGAGUUUUUGUGAGUUAUGAGGAGGGACUGGUCUCUUUUUAUGAUGUAGAUGAAGCAGUCCAUCUCUCCUCCUUCACUGAUUGUUGUUUCACUGAGAAACUCUUCCCUUUCUUCAGUCCUGGUCUUAAUCAUGGUGGUGCGAACUCUGAUCCUCUGAUAAUUUUACCUGUCAACCACACUGAUUAGACUUUUCUGUGAAAUGACUUUUGUAGUUUUAAAAGAGGAAGUCAAAGGAUCAACCCCCCAGUCGCUGCUUGCCUUCAUUAUGCCCCUUGUUCGUACUGUCUGCUCCAAGAUCCCUUUCGCGCUUCUAAUGUAAGCAGUGUAACCCCCUUAAAUCAAGAGCAGAUCCUCCAGAGAUAGUUUGCAGCAACUUCCCUUUUUGUGUUGAUACACUUCCACAGGGGCCUAGCACAGAAACACAGGGGAAAACAAACAGGAAAAAAUGUUCUGCUCAUAAUUUACUUUGCAAGUUAUCCUCUUGAUUUGCCUAACAUGGACCAGUGAAGCUUCCUAUCACAGUCACACUGCAUAUGUGUUUUUUGCCUUAACUUACCCUUGUGAGGUCAAUUUUAAUUGCACAUUCUAAAAUGUACAGAAUAAUGACACCAGCAAUUGGUACCUUAUAAGCUUCAUUUUUAUGAGGCAGUUCUGUCUGAUAUGGGUUCAAAACAUGAAAUUUACUUUAUGGUACAAUGUUAGUGCAAAACCAAAUCAGGACGAGGAAUGUGAGUGUGCUUGGUUGUGUGUCUGUGUGUGGCCCUGUGACGGACUGGCAGCUUGUCCAGGAUGUACCCUGACUUCAUCUUAAGUUGGAUGGGAUAGGCUCAAGCCACCCCACAGAGGAUUAAACAGUGUAUAGAUAAUGAAUGAAUGGACAACAAAAUGGUAACUUCAUUAAUUACUUAGAAUUAUAAAUGAUUCUCUGAUUGAUCGGGAUCUAACCUUUAUCACUAACAUCACAUUUUUGUUAUACUUUUGAGGAGAGAAUUGUAUUUGUAACUUUUCCUCAGUACAGUGGAAGGUCCCAAGAAAAGAAUGAUGACUCAUGUCAUCAUGCACCAUAAGUUGAUGUUUAAUCAUAUUAUUCAGUAUAACUGAUGCAUUUGAUGAUUGUUGCUCUGAGAUGCUUGUAGAUGUAUGUUACACUUGCUGUGCAUUCCAUUCAGUGACAAUGUAUUUUAAAUUGCACUGCCAACAUAUUUGGUGUGUUUCACUCUGUAUGUUGCAAUCUUAUGAUAUCAUCUGAAUGUGGUUUAUUUAUUUAUUUUUUUUAAUGAUAAUUCCAACAUUAUAAAUGAGGGACUACUA